AUCAAGUUGUUACCUCGCGGCCACGAAUGCGACUCACACGGAGUGCAGAUGAAGUGUCCUCUCCAGCUUUGCAGUGCUCCUGGCUCAAUAUGAGAUCACGGACCAGUUGCACCUCUCCAUUCUCAGCUGGAUCACCUAUUUUGGAUUGUCUCUAUCCUUGCUGUGCCUGCUGGUGUCAAUUGUGACCUUCUUCUGCUGCCAGGCCAUUCAAUACAUCAAUACCACCAUCAAGGCACACUUGUGUCUGAGUCUGUUCCUGGCAGAACUGCUAUUCCUGGUAGCAAGCUCCAUCGACACACGCACGGUUUUAUGUGCCACCGUUGCCGGCGGAUUACACUAUUUGUUCUUGGCUGCCUUCUUUUGGAUGUGCCUGGAAGCUGUCCAGCUCUGCCUCAUGGUGCUCAAUCUCAAAGUGGUGAACUUCUCCCGUACCCGUGUCAUUCCCCGGAGACUGAUGUACCCCAUCGGCUACGGGUGCCCGGCAGUCAUCGUGAUCGUGACUGCCGCGGUCAAUGCCAAAGGCUAUGGGACCGACCGAAUCUGUUGGUUAAAUCUGGAGAGAGGCUUUAUAUGGAGUUUCCUGGGACCUCUGUGCUUCAUCCUUUUGGUGAAUUUCAUUCUGUUGUCAAUAUCACUCUGGAUCCUGAAAGAGAAGAUUUCCAGUCUGAAUGCGGAUGUUUCAACUAUUAAGGAAUCCAGGGUACUUACAUUCAAAGCACUGGCCCAGUUUAUUCUGCUCGGCUGUUUCUGGGUCUUCGGCUUGUUUCAGUUGAAGGAGGGGACCAUUGUUAUGUCGUACCUGUUCACCAUAUUGAAUGUUCUUCAGGGCGUAUUCAUUUUCUGCGUUUACUGCUUGCUAAACAAACAGAUAAGGAGAGAAUACCACAAGUUCUUGAAGAGAAUUUAUAAUGCAUAGAAACAAGAAAUGCCACAAUCAAGCUUUUAUACCAUGAAUACAUCCCAUGUCAUGCUACUCAAGACGGUGAAUGAACCUGUAACUAAGUCAGAGAUCUCCUGGAUGAACUCACAGACAGAGGAAAAUGCC